UAUUGCGGAUUUCGCUGCUAAACUGUUAAUAUCUUCCUACCACUAACUAUAUUAAUAAAAGCUUUAAACUAAGGAAUAUGUAUACUCAUUUCACGACCAUUCUCAUCGGAAUCACCUGCGUUGCCUGUUAUUCAAACUACGAAAUAUUUAAAGGAUUCGACAGGGAUACAUCGGAUCCAGAGACCGUCGAUACUACGGAAGUUUCACUGGCAAAUGAAAACACCACCAUUACUGAAACUAUGUACACGAAUAUGACAAUUUCCACUACGAGUUCUAAGCUCAGAAAGAAAAUUAAACCCAAAGUAACUUGUCCUGAGGAAAGACCGACUAACAUAGGAUCUUAUGAAGUGCCCACAGAGAAGGACGUCGUAAUCUUUACAAAGGAUUUAUUACUAAGUAUGUUUGAGGCAUACGAGACAGGCGCUAUGGCUUUACUCGUGGAUAUUAAAGAGGUCACAAAAGCAGCUACAAUCCUAGGAGAGAAAUGCCCGUAUGACAAGAACGCUUACAAGCAAUGUGUAAAACGCGUGAGCGGACAAAGCGAAGGUGUCACUAAAAGCCUCGUUAAUUCACUGCAGAUGGAAAAAGUUGAUAUUAAAGCUCUUACAGAUAACACAAUAUGCAGUUUGUUGGAAAUGAAAUCUGAUCCUAUGUUGCUGGUCAAGUUAUUGGCUCAAGAGACGGCUAUGCUCAAAUUUGCACUGCCGGGAUUCUUGAGGCUCCUGAACUCAUGCUCGAAGCUUUGUUUGAAAUCCCAAGUAAAACCCGAUUCAAAAAAACCGUUACGUCGUAUGACCGACCAAGAACUCGUGGUGAAGCAUUUUUUAACGAACAAGAAUUACAUUGAGCUCAUAAAAGAUUCAAGGCGCAGUGUCUAGCAAGAAUUCAAAUUGUUAAGCUGGGUGCGUUCGUUCUAAUCACAGUGUGACUGAUGUCUGCAACAAACAAUCGAUGGAGCUUUCACGCGAUUCACAUACCAACCGCUAGAUGGCGUACCUUCUUGUGAACUUUUGACGUGAACUUGACUAAAACUUUUAAACAACUUAACCAAAAUACUUAAGCUUUUCCUAGUUUUAUAUU